AUGAUAUAAAAGUUCAUAUAAAGAGUUUCAUAUUUCGAUACAUUUGGAGCAGAGGUGAAGUUAAAUUUCCAAAAAAAAGAAACUCAUCAAUCUCCAUUCGGUGGUUUUUGCACAAUUUUAAUGGUAGUUGUUUUAGGGAUAGUUUUCAUAUCAGGAGCAAUAAAUGUAAUUAAAUAGGAAACAUUCACUGUAACUUUAUUUUAUAAUCUAUUGAGAUCUCAUCCAAUAAGAUAUUAAACAUUGAUCCUCCUUUGACUACACUCAAUUAUAAUGAUUACAUGAUAGCAUUCUAAGUAGAGGAUCCAAUCAUCAACGGAACUAAAAAGUUAAUAGAUUUUAUCUAUACAUAAUAUGAACAAAAGCUUAAUGAAAAUGGUACCCUUAAUAAAAUUGAAUUAUACUCAUUACCACUUGAAUAAUGCACUCUCAAUCAUUUUCAAGACCUUAAUGAAUCCACCAUCUAUAAUGUAUAACUACCUAUCUACUAAAUUUUAGAAAAUACUCAAAGAUUAACUCAAAGGUUACUAUUGUCUCCCUAUCAAUUAUACACUUAAUCUUUAAGGCACCUAUAAAUCUAAUACGUUUUAAUAUGGCAGAAUUACUGCUAUACUUUGCUCCACCAAUUACUGUUAUUCAGACUCAGAAAUUCACCAAUUCUAACUCUAGGGAUAUUUCAACAAUAGUUUCAAAAUUAACACUUUGAUACUCAAUCGAGUAUCCAAUCUAAAUCUAUAAUCUAACUAUAUUUCCUAUAUCUACUCUGAUUUCUACAUAUCUGCUAAACUAGGUUUAGAAACAAAAACAGACAUCUAUCUUGAGAAAUAAGCUAUGAACAUUGAAAAUUCUGUUGUCCCUGGAGUUUAAAAUAUUCAUGAUUAACAUGUUUUCUCACUUGAUGAAAAUAAAUUAAAUCCAAAUACUGUCUAUACUGCUAAUAUUACUGAGGUUGCAUCAUUUUACAUAAGACUCUCACAAUCUGAAAUGCAUUAUUCUAAACAAUAUUAUCGUAUAGAUGAACUUAUCUCUUAUGUUGGUGGUAUUACUAAAUUUUUAGCCACUGUUUUGGGAUAUUUUAUACUUAAAUACAAUGAAACUGGUUUAUAAAUUAAAAUGGCUAAUGCAUUGUAUUAAUUUGAUAUGCCUGAAAAAAAAAAAGGAGAAUUAGUCUUUUCUUUUUAAUCUUUGGUUUCAAAACUCAUUGAUUCUAUGCAAUCUGUUAAUGAUGUAGUUCAAAAAUUUAAACAGAGUGCUCAAAGAGUUAUACAUAUGACAAGAGUUGCUACUGCAUUAAAAUUACCUAUAAAUUCUACAUAACAAUAUGAUUAAAAGGAAUAAGAAAAUCUUAGCAUACAUACACAUAGAGUAUCAAUAAUUAAUCAUGAUGCUUAAUAUGGUAAUUUGAAAUCAGAGAAAUCUGUUGAUUAGACACAUGAAAAUCAUCAUUAACCUAAUUUAGAUAAAGAUAAAGAAAAAUACUUAGAUGAAUUUAUUAAAAAGAUUUUGGAUAGUAAAAAGAAAUUAUCAUUUGGGAUACUUUUUAUAGUUAAAUAAAUAUGUGAUAUUUUUAAGAGAAAUAACAAGACAAAUUAUUAAGCAAGAAUAUUUGAAAAAUCAAGAAAAAUGAUUUUAAGAGAUAUGGAUAUUUUAGUAGUAAUGAAUAAACUUUAAGAAAUGUAGAAAUUUAAAUAUAUACUUUUUAAUAAGACAUAAAGGAAAGUAUUUAAUUAUUUGCCAAAACCAGUUGUAUGUGUAAAUGAGAAUAAAUAGAAUUGUUAAGAAGUGAGACAUCUUAGGGAUCAAUCUUCAGAGAAUGAUUUAACAAAUAAAAAGAAUGAUAUGUUAAAAUUGACGAGUAAUUCAAAAAGUUUAUUAGGAGGCAGAUAGAGAUUCAAUACAGAUAUAAAAUAUAAGAGAUUAUAUAAAGCAUAUGAAAGUUUAGCAUUGUGUGAAGAUAAUCAUAACGAAGAUAAUCAAAUUUAAAAUAGUGAAGAUGGUGAUAAAUAAAAUACAGAUUAAUCAUUAAAUAAAAGAUUGUUAAAAAUGGUCGAACCAACAAUUUAGUAUAGUUUCAAUUCUCUUAUUGAACUAGAAAAGUUAUCUAAAUAAAGUAGGAGUAGAAGAAAGAGAGUAAUUCAUCCUGCUAUGAAAAAUCAAAUGGCAUAAUUAGAUUCUUAGAAUGAAGAUGGAGAAGAUGAUAAUGAAAAUGAGAUUGAUUGUAUAACCUUAAAGGGUUGUAAGAAAGAUCAAUAUACAAAAAGAUCACCAAAUAGUUUAAGUAAUUAUAAUAUAAAGAAAACUCAUAAUACUAUUGGAAGUAGUGCAAGAUAACAUUAAGAGAUCAAAUUAACGAAAGUUAAAUCGAAACAAGACUUAAUAGAUAUCGAAGUAUUCAGUUCAUGA